CAAGCGUCAAUAGCGGAAGUAGCAUGCUGUUUUCAUUCCCCUUAGACAGCGUACGACAAGAAAAUGGAAACAGGCAUAUCUGCGAAGUUGGAGUUUGCUGUGCAGAUGACCUGCGAUAGCUGUGUGAACGCAGUCCGCAGCACGUUGGAGAACCAGCCAGGGGUCCAGGUGGUGCAGGUGGACUUGAGUAAGGAGCAAGUGUUGGUGGAAGCGUCUCUGACGGCCCAGGAGGUGCAGCAGCUGAUCGAGAGCACCGGACGCCGUGCCGUCCUCAAGGGCAUAGGCAGCGGGCAGCAGGACCUGGGCUCUGCCGUGGCUAUGCUGUCUGGCUGUGGGCCUGUGCAGGGGGUGGUGCGGUUCCUGCAGCUGUCCCAGGAGCGCUGCCUGAUCGACGGCACCAUCGAUGGCCUGCAGCCUGGCUUACACGGCCUGCAUGUGCAUCACCUGGGAGACCUCACGCAGGACUGUCGCAGCUGUGGAGAGCACUACAACCCCUAUGGAAAACCACAUGGCGGACCACAGGACUCCGAGAGGCAUGUGGGUGACCUGGGCAACAUCCAGGCAGGACCCGAGGGACGGGCCUCUUUCCGCCUGGAGGACACACAGCUGAAGGUCUGGGAUGUUAUUGGUCGAUCUCUGGUGGUGGAUUCUGGGGAGGAUGACCUGGGAAAAGGUGGUCACCCCUUAUCCAAGAUAACAGGGAAUUCAGGAGAGAGAUUGGCCUGUGGCAUCAUCGCUCGCUCUGCGAGCCUUUUCCAGAACACCAAAAAGAUUUGUGCCUGCGACGGCGUCACUCUGUGGGAGGAGCGAGAUCUCCCCAUCGCCGGGAAAGGUCGUCAGAAGCCCGACGCCCCGAGCGCCAAUCUGUGACCUCCUCACCUCACCUCACCUGAGCACAGAGGUGGAAAACUCUGACUUCAGAAUGUAAAAGUCCUGCCAUGUGCAGGUUUUUGAAGAAUUGCACUAAUUUGACCCAGAUGGUGUAGUGAAAGGUUCGAAUAAAUGUGGUAGGAAUUUUACUCACUGAAGCUGGAGUUUUCCACGUCUGUCUCAUGAUCAUAUCCCAAGAUGAAGAUUCUUCAUCUCAGAAUUCCUAAGUGUCUAACAGAACAGCGAGAAUAUUUAUAUCAAUUCAUUGGUGUAGUUGCUCUGUGGGGUAUUUCAAGCAUGUGGUUUAGGGAUAACCUGGGUAAGUUAAUUAACAGUAAGUAGUAAACUUCUGAAUAGAAGAGCUUAUUGGGUUUGUUAAGUUAGGAGAAUGAAGCCAUAGGACUGUUCUAUUAGAAGGUUUACCACAUCCUCUAGGUUAACUAACCCAGGUUUGUCACAAAACCACAUAGUUGAAAUGCACCCCAGGUUUGGUAGUUAGAGUUAUGAACAAUGAAAAAGAGAGACUAAACUGACUUUGCACUGGUGUGAAUGAGUAUGUGACUGACUACAAAGUGUCUCAGAGAGCGGAGAGGCUAGAGAUUCCCAUGUUUGGAGUUUUAAUGUAUUGGCCUAAAGCACUGCAUUCCACUCAGAUGGACUUUAUGAGAUCCCCCACUGGUCUGCAAAUUCCACUAUGGACACUCAUUUCCAUGAGAAAAGAAAAUGUACAAAACAUUUCUCUCCCGCUUUGCACACUGUCUGUGUCUUAGUGUGUGUGUGUGUGUGUGUGUGCGCGCGUGCGCAUGUGUGGGUACAUGUGUUUGUAAGAGAGCGGAGUGAUUUGGUGAUGUUUCAUUUCAAAAUCUCCACAACUAUUUUUUGUGUUCUCUUUCUUAUAAGCAUCUCUCUGUUGGCCUCAAGUGUAGUUCUCGGGGGAACUAGAGAAAGGCAUGUGAGUUGUGCUUCAUAAUCAACUCCAGAUGUUUGCCAUCUCAGACUGCUGUAAUGCAAACCAAAAGUUAGGAGAAAGGGACUUAGGCCCAGAACACCCCCCACACACACACACACACACACACACACACACAUACACAAAACUCACUAUUGAUAGUUAAAGCUUGUCCUAUGCUUGACAACACAGCCAUAGAUGCGUCUUGCAAAAAUUAAAUUAAUAUUUUUCUCCUUGACUUUCAAAUCUCCCAAGUUGUCAGAGAGCAUUAUUCCUUUGUUUGCUGUCAUGAUGAGAAAUAUUGUUCCAUAGCUGUACCAUAAUGACGUGUAAUUAUUUUGUAAUUCAAUGCUUUGUAAUUGUAUUUUGAAUUAAUAAACAAAUUAUUUGUCAACCA